UCCACCUCCAUGCAAUAAUUUUCUCGACGACGAGAAGAGGCGACGAAGGCGGCGUCGUCUUCUCUUCCCUCCCUGUCAUCCGGUCUCCUCUUUGAUUCUUCUGCUAAUCAUCAGCUGAUCCUUCCUUCUCCCUCUCCCCUCCGUGCUCCCUGCACAAUCCGUACCCUCCUCCGUCGUGCCAUUUCGUUUUGGCCCCGUCCAAUCCCCCCAUCCGAGGCGGACAAGAACACGGCCGGCCGUUCCCUGUUCCCUAGAUCUGCGUGGCGGCGGCGACAGGCCGAGUCCGUCAGGAGGGCGCUCCCCCGCCGUCAAAACCCAAUCUUGGCGUCUGGCUGCGCGUCUUCUUCUUCCUCCUGCGUGCUGUCGAGGGCGACAAGGGAAGGAGGAGGAGGAGGAUAAGUUGGUCAGGGAUGGUGCCGUGGGAAGGCUACGUGAGCGACGAGACCAUGGGCACCUUCGCGCCCAUCCUGCUCUACUGGGUCUACGCCGGCGGCUACCAGCUCGUCCUGCACCGCCGCCCGCUCGAGCGCUACAGGCUCCACACGCGGGCCGAGGAGGAGGACAAGAACCUCGUCGCCCUCCCCGCCGUCGUGCGCGGCGUGCUCCUGCAGCAGCUCGUGCAGGCCAUCGUCGCCAUGAUCCUCUUCAUGAUUACUUCAGAUAAUUCAACGGUUCUAGUCCAGCCAUCUAUGGUGGUUCAGUCGUUUCAGUUCUUGGUUGCAAUGCUGGUGAUGGACACAUGGCAGUAUUUCGUGCACCGCUACAUGCAUCAGAACAAAUUCCUUUACCGACAUAUCCACUCACAACAUCACCGGCUGAUCGUUCCUUACGCUAUCGGGGCUCUCUACAACCACCCACUGGAGGGGCUCCUAUUGGACACUUUAGGUGGUGCUAUGUCCUUCUUGGUCUCCGGUAUGACGCCAAGGACCGCCGUAUUCUUCUUCUGUUUUGCGGUACUCAAGACGGUUGAUGAUCACUGUGGACUUUGGUUGCCAUAUAACAUCUUCCAGCACUUGUUCCAAAAUAACACGGCGUACCAUGAUAUUCACCAUCAGCUCCAAGGCACAAAGUACAAUUACUCUCAGCCGUUCUUCUCAAUAUGGGACAGAAUCCUAGGAACCCACAUGGCCUACGACCUAGUGAGCCGCAAGGAAGGGGGGUUCGAAGCGAGGCCAUUGCGAGACUAGCUUCGAGCUCAUUGAAGUGUAUAGAACUCCAGCGAUUCAGCGGGAUAUCCGAUGCUCUUCCACUCUCCUCGUGAUGGUCAGUUCACAGGGGCCAUCUAACUUCUUGUAAGAUGAUGAAGGUAUUCCAGCACUCCCGGUUCGUCUCUUUUUUCACGUCUUGGUGGAAGCCAUUCGGCACCGUAGAAGACGCUGAAGAUGUCGCGUUCCUUGUUGUUUUUUCGGUUGUUCCUACAGUUGAUAUAGUGCGCGUGUUUCUGUACGGGUAUAGCCGGGGUACUUGCGAGUCUCUGAAGGUUCCUUCUUGUGGAAAGCUGCAGUUUAAUUACGUCGCUGUGCAGAUAGUGUAUUCGCAAAUCAGUCACACUUCUGUAUGUAUCCAAUUAUUUAUGUAACUGAAUCUUUGGGCAUGACUAUGACCUUCAACCCCACAUUUGGCUUCUA